GCCCAGCUCCCUGUUCAGGCUAGGAGGCAGGCUUGCGGGGUUGAGUGGCCCGAGCUAAGGGUGCGGAGACCUAAGGGCGGCGACUACGACGGCGUUGAUGUCGGUGGUAACGACGGCCUCAGCAGGCGGGGAAGAUGAAAGGCCGGAUCGAGCUAGGAGAUGUGACACCACACAAUAUUAAACAGUUGAAAAGAUUGAAUCAGGUCAUCUUUCCAGUCAGCUACAAUGGCAAGUUCUACAAGGAUGUGCUGGAGGUUGGCGAGCUAGCAAAACUUGCCUAUUUCAAUGAUAUUGCUGUAGGUGCGGUAUGCUGUAGGGUGGAUCAUUCACAGAAUCAGAAGAGACUUUACAUCAUGACACUAGGAUGUCUGGCACCUUACCGAAGGCUAGGAAUAGGAACUAAAAUGUUAAAUCAUGUCUUAAACAUCUGUGAAAAAGAUGGUACUUUUGACAACAUUUAUCUGCAUGUCCAGAUCAGCAAUGAGUCGGCAAUUGACUUCUACAGGAAGUUUGGCUUUGAGAUUAUUGAGACAAAGAAGAACUACUAUAAGAGGAUAGAGCCCGCAGAUGCUCAUGUGCUGCAGAAAAACCUCAAAGUUCCUUCUCGUCAGAAUGCAGAUGUGCAAAAGACAGACAACUGAACAAAUUACAAAUGAACUUUCUUGCACUUGCUUGUCGCCAAAGAGAGGCCCAUUGAUUCCUCCCCCACCCCAACACUUUUCUUUUAAAGCUUUUCUCCCUCCUUGUUCUUGUUUUUCCUUCUUCCUUUCCUUUUCUCUAAGAGUUUUAAUACUUUCAAGGACUUUAAAAAAAUAAUCAUGUUUGAA